AUCUGUCCUAUGGGGGUGGGACGAGCUUUGCAGCCGAUCUGACACUUGCUACCUUCACUUUCGAUAUUAAUCAGAUCAAGGUCUCUGCUCAGUAUAUAAGGAGGAGCCGUGUGUGUGUGUGUCUGUGUAUCUGUGUGUCGAGAUCACAACUGAAGACUGGCCCAUCUGUUCUACUUCAAUAAAGCUGAGAAGAACGGAAGUGUUUUGGGACUAACGGCUGAGCAGUGCACUGGAGCUGCCAUGGCUGGGUUAGAUGCUAACGAGCUUCCCAAGAUACCUGAAGAGGAUAUGGAAGCACUGAAGGCUGCUGUUGGGAAAGGAAACCUCAAUGAAGCAGCUGCUAAUGCGAAAGAGGCUCUGGAGAUGGCUGAUAAAAUCACUGUCAACAUCGCUGUCACGGGGAAGACAGGCUCUGGAAAAUCGUCCUUUGUCAAUGCCAUCCGGGGCCUGGAGGAUACAGAUAAAGGUGCUUCUGAGACGGGGGUGAAUGAAACGACAAUGGAGCCCACUGCUUACCCACAUCCUACAUACCCAAAUGUAAUCAUCUGGGAUCUGCCAGGGAUCGGGACCCCAAAGUUUAAAUCAGACACGUACCUCAAGGACGUGAAGUUCAACCGCUACGACUUUUUUAUCAUCAUCUCCUGCACCCGCUUCACAUCCCACGACAUUCAACUUGCCCAGGAGAUCCAGAGACAGGGGAAGAAGUUUUACUUUGUGCGCUCCAAGGUGGAUGCGGAUUUGACAAAUGAAAAACGACACUAUGACGAGGAGGGAAUCCUGAAGCAAAGGGAUGCUCCCAAAAAAAGGCCAUAUCAUUACAGUGAGAGUGUGAUCCUCAAUAACAUCAGAGAGAAAUCCAUCGAAAGCCUGAAAACAGGAGGAGUGGCCUCCCCACAGGUUUUUCUUCUAAGUAGAUGGGACUUAGGCAAAUACGAUUUUCCCAAAUUGCAGGAAACGCUAGUGGAUGAGCUCCCCAGUCACAAGAGACUCGCUCUUCUACGAUCUCUGUCCAAUACUUCUAAAGAAAUCUUGGAGAAGAAAAAACAACAGCUGCAAACACAGAUAUGGUUUAAAAGUGUGGUAUCAUGCGCAGUUGCUGCUAUUCCUCUCCCGGGUCUCUCCAUUGCUUGUGAUGCUACCAUGCUGGUGACGUCCCUGAAAGCGUACUGCAGGGACUUCGGUCUCAGUGAAAACGCUCUCGCUGCACUUGCUAGACAGAAUAACAAGCCCAUUGCAGAGCUGAAGGCCGUUAUAAAGUCCCCUCUGUGUGAGGAAAUAACAAAAGAUCUUGUAAUUAAAAUACUAACCAAGUGCGCAGCUGGGGCAGUGCAAUAUGCUACAUUGUUUUUAAAAUUUAUACCCGUGGCAGGCGCUGUGGUAGGUUCUGUGGCAGCUGCAGCAGUUUCUUUCCCUACCACAUACUUAAUGUUGAAGAGUUUCCUGGAUGAUGUUGCUGCUGAUGCUGUACGAGUUCUGGAGGUGGUUAUGGACGAAGCCAUUUCAAACUUGGAGAAAAAGGACAAAAACACCCGCACCCCUUGAAAGGAAGAAACAUCAGCACGUGGCUGGAGCUCGGAGCUCAAAGUCUCAUAAAAUUGCUACCUUUCUGCAUCAGGUGGGAAACUUCACCAGAACUGAGCUCUGAGCCCCAUUUCCACUGAGGUCUCUCACCCACCAUGACAUAUUGAAUUUAAUUCAGCCAUAAAAUGGACAGGGGGGAUCCUGACUGACCCUGUUCUUUGCUUUGUCUUCAUUUCCCCAGCAAAAGAGGCCAAGUUGUGAUAAAGCUCCACAGGGUCCCGAGUGCCUCACGCUCUCUGCAGGGACCUCAGGGAAUGGUUAUUUCAGGCCCCAGCAGAGAGCAGGGCCAUGGCAGAGCCCAUCGAACUCUUCACUGGGAAAUGACAGGGAGCGACACCAACGAUGACUUGUUCUAGCCACAGAUUUUCCAUUUCUUGGUUCCCGUUCCCCUGAAAUUGCAGCCUGGGUUGGGCAUGUGGGCAAAUUCACUCAGACACAAUCGUAAAAACCCUAAA